AGGCAAGAGGACAGGCUUAAGGAGCUGUCGUGGGGGCAGGACGGGGGCAAGCAGGCCAAGGCCUGGCCAGGGGAGGGAGCAUGGAGCCAUCUGGGUCCCAGCGGCGUGGGGGCGAACAAAGCUGGUGGGGCAGUGCCCCCCAGUACCAGUACGUGCCCUUCGAACACUGCACCAGCUACGGACUGCCCUCCGAGAACGGGGCCCUCCAGCACAGGCACCGGAAGGAUGCAGGCCCCCAUCCCAACUCCCACCCCCGCCAGAUUUAUGGCCAUCACAAGGAGCAAUUCUCAGACAAGGAGCAGGACAUGGGGAUGCCCAAGCAGAUGGGCUCCAGUGCCACCAUGGACAGCACAGAUGAGGACCACUAUUCUAAAUGCCAAGACUGCGUCUGCCGCCUGGGACGCAUGGUGAGGAGGAAACUGGGGGAAGACUGGAUCUUUCUGGUGCUCCUGGGACUGCUUAUGGCUCUGGUUAGCUGGAGCAUGGAUUAUGUUAGUGCCAAAACCCUUCAGGCCUACAAGUGGACCUACUACCAGAUGCAGCCUAGCCUGCCGCUGCAGUACCUGAUCUGGGUCACCUUCCCACUAAUUCUCAUCCUCUUCAGCGCUCUCUUCUGCCACCUCAUCUCUCCCCAGGCUGUUGGCUCUGGGAUCCCCGAAAUGAAGACCAUCCUUCGUGGGGUCAUCCUGAAGGAGUAUCUCACCCUCAAGGCCUUCGUGGCCAAGGUCGUGGCGCUGACUGCAGGGCUGGGCAGUGGCAUUCCUGUGGGGAAGGAGGGCCCCUUUGUCCACAUUGCCAGCAUCUGUGCGGCUGUCCUCAGCCAGUUCAUGUCUGUGCUUUCAGGGGUCCAUGAGCAGCCAUACUAUUACACGGACAUGCUGACGGUGGGCUGUGCCGUGGGAGUCGGCUGUUGCUUUGGGACCCCCCUUGGAGGAGUGCUGUUCAGCAUCGAGGUCACGUCUACGUACUUUGCUGUGCACAACUACUGGAGAGGGUUCUUUGCAGCCACGUUCAGCGCCUUUGUCUUCCGCGUUUUGGCCGUGUGGAACAAGGAUGCUGUCACCAUCACCGCUCUCUUCAGAACCAACUUCCGGAUGGACUUCCCCUUUGACCUGCAGGAACUCCCAGCCUUUGCUGUCAUCGGGAUUUGCUGCGGGUUCCUGGGAGCUGUGUUUGUGUACCUGCACCGUCAGGUCAUGCUGGGUGUCCGAAAGCACAAGGCCCUCAGCCAGUUUCUUGCUAAGCACCGCCUGCUGUAUCCUGGAAUUGUCACCUUUGUCAUCGCCUCGUUCACCUUUCCACCAGGAGUGGGUCAAUUCAUGGCUGGAGAGUUGAUGCCUCGGGAGGCCAUCAGCACCCUGUUUGACAACAACACGUGGGUAAAACACACAGGUGACCCCAAAAGCCUGGGCCAGUCAGCGGUGUGGAUCCACCCACAGGUCAACGUUGUCAUCAUCAUUCUCCUCUUCUUCAUCAUGAAGUUCUGGAUGUCCAUCGUGGCCACCACUAUGCCCAUACCCUGCGGGGGCUUCAUGCCUGUGUUCGUGCUUGGAGCUGCAUUUGGAAGGCUGGUGGGAGAGAUCAUGGCCAUGAUAUUUCCUGAUGGUAUCUUAUUUGAUGGCAUCCUCUACAAGAUCCUACCUGGGGGCUACGCAGUAAUUGGAGCGGCAGCGCUGACCGGGGCCGUGUCCCACACAGUCUCCACGGCUGUGAUCUGCUUCGAACUAACGGGUCAGAUCGCGCACAUCCUACCCAUGAUGGUGGCUGUUAUCUUGGCCAACAUGGUGGCUCAGAGCCUGCAGCCCUCCCUGUAUGACAGCAUCAUCCAGGUCAAGAAGCUACCCUACUUGCCUGACCUUGGUUGGAACCAGCUCAGCAAAUUUACAAUCUUUGUUGAAGACAUCAUGGUACGUGAUGUGAAGUUCGUUUCUGCUUCUUGCACGUAUGGGGAGUUGCAAACCCUGCUCCAGACCACCACGGCAAAGACUUUACCACUGGUUGACUCAAAAGAUUCAAUGAUCUUGCUGGGCUCCGUGGAGCGGUCAGAACUUCAGGCCCUCCUGCAGCGCCACCUGAGCCCGGAGCGGAGGCUGCGGGAAGCCCAGGACCUGGCCAGGAAGCUGUCUGAGCUGCCCUUUGACGGGAAGGCACGGCCGGCUGGGGAGGGGUACCACGGCUCCUCGCCCUCUGGCCGGCCAGAGUCCUUCGCCUUUGUGGAUGAGGAUGAAGAUGAAGACAUCUCUGGGAAACCCGAGCUGCCUCCUGUUCCUCCUCCUCAACACUUUCCUAUGGUUCCACUGGCCCCUGAAGAGCCCAAUGGGCCCCUGCCCAGCCUCAAGCAGCAGCCAGAGGCACCGGAACCUGCAGGUCAAAGACGCUCCAUCUUUCAGUCUCUGCUGCGCUGUUUGCUGGGCAAAACUCGCCCCACAAAGAAGAAAACAAGCCAGGACUCAACAGACUUAGUGGACAACAUGUCACCCGAAGAGGUUGAGGCCUGGGAGCAAGAGCAGCUGAGCCAGCCUGUCUGCUUCGACUGCUGCUGCAUUGACCAGUCCCCUUUCCAGCUGGUGGAGCAGACGUCCCUGCACAAGACACACACACUGUUCUCACUCCUCGGCCUCCACCUUGCCUACGUGACCAGCAUGGGGAAGCUGCGGGGCGUGCUGGCUCUGGAGGAGCUGCAGAAAGCCAUCGAGGGGCACACCAAGUCAGGGGUGCAGCUCCGCCCUCCGCUGGCCAGCUUCCGGAGCACGACGUCCACUCCAAAGACUCCCGGGGGGCCGCUCCCUCCCACAGAGGGGUGGAGCCUGCCCGAGGACGGAACUGGGGCUGCUGAGCCAGAGGACGUGGUCCCUAUCCCUCCGGAGCACCCAGUGCCCUUGGCCGCCCCCAGAGCAGAGAGUGAGCUGGAGGAGCUGGAGUUGGCGGACAGCCCAGGGCCAGAGGAGGAGCUGGCUGACAUCUUGCAGGGCCCCAGUCUGCGGUCCACUGAUGAGGAGGAUGAAGACGAACUGAUUCUUUGACCGCCCCCAGGACCGCCCCAUCAGACUGUCAAGAGGCCGAGGCCCGAGGGUGGGUUUCGGUGGGAGAGGGUAUGUCUCUAAGUUGGAGCGCUCAUGACGAUGUCCCGGCCCCUCCUUGGAAUUUUAAAAUGUGAUGGUGAUAGUCUUAGAGGAGGAGUCCGGAUUUGGGCAGGGACUAGCCUUGAUCAAUUAUGUAGGCAUGUCCCCCAUUCCCAGGCAUCUCGGUGAAGGGCUCAUAUACUCGCUGGAGCUUCCUGAGUUUUUCCCCCGGUGUAGGUGGGGGACUCCCUGCCUCUCUCCUCCCCUCAACCCCCGGCCCCCCAACUCCCGGUGUUCUCUCCCAGCACCCCCCUGGCUCUGCACAUCUGUCCUUCAGUUCCCACAGGUGUGGGUGAAGGGAGACCCCGGAUGGCUGUGGCCCUGCAAGUGUCAUACUGGAGGAGGAGAGGGGACCACCCCAUGGCCUCAAGGACUGGCGGCCCCAGAAUAUACUGCAGACCCUCCAUAGCCCUUCUCCCAGAGUCCCCCACUCCGUGCUCUCCCACGUCCUGAAGUUGGCCUCUACACUCCAACUGGCUCCCACUGUCUGUUCCCAAGCAAGGGGCCGUGACUAGGACAGCAACAGGCCAGUUCCAGCCCCCUCUCAUCCUAUGUCCCGGAUUCAAGCAGUGAAAUGUGGAGAAAGAUGCUAUCAAGGACCAGCCCAAAAGAGAGAAUGUCGCAGGAGGCUCUGUGUGGAAGGGGCACCGUGGGCCAAGCGGCCGUGCUGCCCCCGUGGCACUCUCUGCCCCCCCCUCCAGCAGACAUCCUCCCUGUCGUCUUGUCACAGCUUCCUCGCCCUUGGUUCCAGGUCACUUCCUGGAAAACCCGCCCCCCCUCUUCCCGGGGGGGUCAUUGAUUUGUCCCUCCCAACAGAGGGUGGACAGCUCUGCCCUCGAGCUGCUCCGGCUGGGGCCUCUCCUGCCCGGAACUGAGGCUCAGGCCAGCCAGGCCCCCUCAGACUCCAGCCCUUAGACUAGUUCUCUGUGUUCUUCCUCUUGGGGUGGACGGCUGGGGGUUCAAUGUCAAGACGGCAGACCUCUUCCAUGCGUCCACACUUGGGAAGUCUGAAGCACAUCCUCCCCAAAUCAGCAACAGGGAGACUGCCUUUUCCGUGAGCGGUCCCAGGGGCUCUGAGCCUGCAGAACCCCUGCUCCCACCUCCCAGGCUUUCCCCCCUCCCUCGUCCAUGCCCUCUGGUUGUGUCCCCUCUCCGAGGUGACACUGUCCUCCUUCCCCACCCCCCCCCGCCCGGGCCCAGUCUCCAUCCCCCAAAUAAGACACUCAUAGUCGGAGGGUGCCACCACAUUCUGUUUAGUGCCAAUGAACACAGCCUGGAGCCCUCUCCAGCGUUACACCCCUACCCCCUCCCCAGGCCAAGAGAGAGGCUGUAGCCUGGGGAGGGGGCUGGCAGCGGGCGUUCGAGCCCAGUGCCCACGUGUAUAUAAUCUAUAAUAUUUAUAUAUAUUUAUAUAAUUCUCUCUGUAAUAUAUGCCAUAGAAUCUCUCUUGGGCCUGGGAGGGGGAACGUCACAUUAAGAAAACAUGCUGAGACUGGCCGUGAAAGUGGAUCUUCCCCAGACCUGGAAGACGAGCACGGGCUGUG